AUGAAGGCCAAGGACGACAAAGGCAACAGUUUAUCUUCAGGAAGCGUCCGUGUCUCGGCAUCCUCAUCGAUCAGCAUAAUCCUCAACGGGCGGAAUCAUCUCCUCACCACUGUACCAAUGUGGUUGGAUUGCGAUCCGGCGGGCAAUCUCGACUUCAUUAUUCCAAGUGUGACCAAGGCAACCAAGUUCUGGGAGUCUUUCAUGGCGCCCGAGAUCGCCAAGCUUGGCGCUGCCAUGAGCCAACUCGGUCAGGACAUAACUAUUCUGUUCAUGAAGAACGGUUCAAUCAACGGUGACGACAUCAUCAAGGUUUCCAAGAGCAUUGUCAAGGCAGGAAUCGCAUCCGUAAGGGCCAUAGUGAUAGGCCUAUUAAGACUUGUCAAGGUCUUCGUUCAGAAGCUUUCCGAACUGGGCAAUGCCGAGAUAAACAUCCCUAUUGUCUCUUGGGUGUACAAGAAAAUCUCCCUGAUCAUUGCUAUCCCAACAACUAUCUUCGCAAAACUCAUAACUGGAAAAGCCCCGCCGACUUUCGCCAGCAUGGAUGCCAAACUCAUCGAGGGCCUCAUUGAGGGAAAGGGUGUGCCUGACAGCACGAAAACUGACUGGACAAUCUUCUGCGGCGAGGUCGUUGUUGGCAUCACGUUGACGUCAGGCGCUGUUAGUCUGAUCAAGCUACUCUACAAAAGUGCUACUCAGGGACUGGACGAUGUCCUCGACGAGCUGGAUGAAGGACCUUCGUCUCUCUUUGACGUCUUUGGCAUUGUUGUUGAUAUCAUAGGUUCGUUGAUGGCAAUACCUGAACAGAAUGAUAUGCCCCGGGCUGCGUACCGAAAUGCAAUAAGCGCUAUAUCCUGCUUCCGAGGCUUUUACCAUACAUUUGCCUUCUUCGUCAAAGGAAAAAGCUCGGUGGAGAAGGUUGUCCUGGUUCUGGAUCUCUUGACAGUCUUUGCCAAUCUCGGCCUCUCCAUCGCUGUUGGCGUUGAGGAAACAAAGGCAGCGGAUUCAUGGGAAGGUUAUGAUAAAGAUGCAACAGAAACAGGAUUCAUAACCUCGGGGCUCAACACAUUGGCGGGUGUUGCUUACUUCACUGCGUUUUUCUUCAAAACGAACCCGGGGAUCUCGUCUGCAAGCGCAGCUGUGAUGGUCGGGACGGUGGCGGCGGGAGCUGCGCUUGAGGGUAUGGUCUUCAAGUUGCAAUACGACAAAAGUAGGAAGAUAGCACUCCCUAGCCCGCUUCCAUUUUAA